GCAGCGGCUCCAAGCGGCGGAGCGGAGCGCUUCGCGAGUUGGGGCAGCUCCUGAGCCCGGCCCUACUCCGCGGCGAGAGCUCCGCCCGGGCGCCGGCUUCCCACAGCUGCGGGAGCGGGCGGGCGCCGAGGGGGCAGACCGACUUCCGCGGACCCCGCCGGUUCCGGGCGGGGAGAGGCGGGCGAGGGGCGAGCGCGAGGGAGCGCCGGGGAGCGCAGAGAGCGGGGCCAGCCCCGAGCGCGCCGGAGACAGCCGAGCGUCCCGCGCCCCGGCACCAUGCGACCCGCCGCGCCUCCUCGCCGGCCCGGGGCUUCGCUCUCCGCUCGCUGAGCCCCCGCACUCGCCACCCCUGAAACUCGCAAAGACGAGGCGAGACGUUGGAGAGCAGCGAAGAGACUGACCCAGACGUCCCCUUCGCCCCUAAAGAGGCUGCGGAUCCCCGUUUUCUGGGCUUCUCUAGCUUUACCAUGAACCUGGUGCAAGAUUGGCUUUAGGACAAAUUCGGAAGCCGGAGGGGGGAGUCGAGGCAAUUCUUUGGUUGCUAAGUGUGAGUGAAGGCAUCCAGGAUGGCUCAGGGAUCCGGGGAUCAAAGAGCAGCGGGGACUGCUGACCCAGAGGACAGCUCUCCAAACAUGAUAGUCUACCGCAAAAUUGAAGACAUCAUUACAAAGAUGCAAGAUGACAAGACAGGGGGUGUGCCCAUCAGAACAGUCAAGAGCUUUCUCUCCAAAAUCCCCAGUGUUGUCACAGGUACUGACAUUGUGCAGUGGCUUAUGAAGAACCUUUGCAUCGAAGACCCAGGGGAAGCAAUACACUUGGGAAGCCUCAUAGCUGCCCAGGGCUACGUCUUUCCCAUCUCGGACCACGUCCUCACCUUGAAGGACGACGGCACCUUUUAUCGUUUCCAGGCUCCAUACUUCUGGCCUUCGAACUGCUGGGAGCCUGAAAACACUGACUAUGCCAUCUAUCUCUGUAAGAGGACAAUGCAGAAUAAAGCAAGGCUGGAAUUAGCUGACUAUGAAGCGGAAAACUUAGCAAGACUCCAGAGGGCCUUUGCAAGGAAGUGGGAGUUCAUCUUUAUGCAAGCGGAAGCCCAAGUGAAGAUUGAUCGGAAAAAGGACAAGACAGAAAGGAAAAUUCUGGAUAGUCAAGAACGGGCCUUUUGGGAUGUCCACAGGCCGGUGCCAGGCUGUGUGAACACCACAGAAAUGGAUAUCAGAAAAUGCCGACGCUUGAAGAACCCACAAAAGGUUAAAAAGUCAGUGUAUGGGGUGACAGAAGAGUCCCAGUCACAGAGCCCCGUGCACAUACCCAGUCAGCCAAUCAGGAAAACUACAAAAGAGGACAUCCGGAAACAGAUAACGUUUUUGAAUGCGCAGAUUGACAGACAUUGUUUAAAAAUGUCAAAAGUGGCUGAAAGCUUAAUUGCUUACACGGAGCAGUAUGUGGAAUACGACCCCUUGAUAACGCCGGCCGAGCCAUCCAAUCCCUGGAUCAGUGACGACACCACUUUAUGGGACAUGGAGAAGAGCAAAGAGCCCAGCCAGCAGCGAGUCAAGAGGUGGGGCUUCUCGUUUGAUGAGAUGCUGAAGGACCAGGUGGGGCGGGAGCAGUUUCUGCGAUUCCUGGAGUCCGAGUUCAGCUCAGAAAACCUCAGGUUCUGGUUGGCUGUCCAAGAUCUCAAGAAACAACCCCUACAGGAUGUGGCCAAGAGGGUGGAAGAAAUCUGGCAAGAGUUCCUGUCUCCAGGGGCCCCAAGUGCCAUCAACCUGGAUUCUCACAGCUACGAGAUAACCAGUCAAAACGUCAAGGACGGAGGGAGAUACACAUUCGAAGACGCCCAGGAGCACAUCUACAAGCUGAUGAAGAGUGACAGCUACGCCCGUUUCCUCCGGUCGAAUGCGUACCAGGACUUGCUGCUGGCCAAGAAGAAGGGAAAGUCGCUGGCGGGCAAGCGCCUCACGGGACUGAUGCAGUCCUCCUGACGGUUCCCACCGCAGGCCCAGGGCCGGGGCCCGAGGACCACGAGGGCAGGAGGCGGCACUCCACGUCCGUGGACAGAGUGUCCUUACGGGGAGAUUCGGUCACUGUGAAAGAGAAAGAGUGAGGGCGAUAGAGGGCAACCACGGGGAGACCCAGUGGGUGAAUGGGGGGAUCUGAGAGAAAGGCCACAGAGCCGGGGGGUCGGCCCAGUAGAGGCCCCUGUUUACAACCCUCCCGUGCUUGUACAGUUGUGCGCCGACACCCCAUUUUCUAAGAGGUCCUCGUCCCUAACUCAUUCAGGGGAGAACAUCUUGUAGGGUGUUGUGACUGUCACUUGAGAUAUAUUCUCAUCAUCAUUCUCCCCGCUGUCUGGGGGAUGAUGCCAUCCAGCAAACACAAGAAGGACCAGCUGGCCCUGAGCACAGCCUGUGUUACGCCCCCUCCCCCACUGUCUCUCUGGUGCACCCAUAGCACCCACCACAGUUAUAGCCACUGUGUCCCCAUCGCCUCCCACCUCCCCCAUCUUUGUGGCCACCUGCCCUCACGCAGCCAUCCCAAUCACGUUGUCCUCAGCACUGAGCAACCUCGGGGUUGGCUGCACUGCAAGUUCUUUCAAUCCCGUUAGAUACACCCACAAUCCCUCAAUUCAUCCAUCAGCAGACUCAUGACAAGGUCUCCACAGGCGUGCUGCUGCCCUCUGCUCCUGGCAAGUGUCUCCAGGGUCCAACACCAGAAGAAACACCAGAGUAGAUGAAAGAGCUCGUGGUUUAACCAAUUCUGACCGUCUCUAAAAAUUCAUGAUUUCAUAAUUUAUUGUUUUCACCCCUUCUCCUUGGUUUGUUCCCUCAUGUUUUACUCAAAAUAAACAUGGCCAUGAACUCAGGGGCCCUUGGGAUCCUCUCCUCCAGCAGCCCCAGGUGGAAGCUGGGAGGGUUCCCAGCAGGGGGGUGCGGGAUCGCAGGGCCGGCAGCCCCCACAGGAUGGGCAUGGCCAGGCUCCUGCUGGGCCAGGUCUCAGUGGUGUAUGAAGCUGGAAGAGAAUCUGCCACAGAGGGCCUAGGCCAAGGCCAGAUGGACCUCUGAUGGCCCAGCAAAGGCACCCACUAAGCAAUGCCAGGCAUCCAGGGGAAAAGCAGACAGAAAGCAACACCUGCAAAAACCUGCAAAAGAUCCACUACACUCCCUUUGGGUGUGUGUCCAAAUGCCCACCUGCCAACUGGUCUGUGAGGUGGUGUAUGUAGAGCACUGAGUCAGGUGCCCGAUGCAUAGUAGGUGCUUAGCAAAUGGUAGCCAUUGCUCUCAUCAUUGUCAUCACCAUGUGACUCCCAGGGGCCCAUGGACAGAGCAGUGUUAAACAACAUGGUUUUGAAUUCAGAUACUCCCCACCUGCCAUGACUAUCCUCCUUUGAUCUAUUUUUGGCCAUAGGUGAGAAAUCUCCCUGGGGAGCAUAAAAACAGCAAACACAGAAGCAAAAAAUCUAUCACUGGUAUUUCUUCACUCCUGUAGGCAAAUUCACCACUGGCGACCAGAGGCACAUGUGCCUCCGGGCUGCUCCCACGAGCGCCUUUCCAGCCCCCACCCCUAAGCCAUGUGGCAGGUCUGACGCUACCGAGCCCUGUCCCCAGGGCCCCAGCCUUUCCGUCAUCACAGCGGAGCCACUGUGGGCUUUAGAAGUCUUGGUUAAGGUCACACCCUCGUGGGUUCUUGACCACCAUGCCUCGGUUUCCCCCACUGGCAAUCGUUGCUCCCUCUGCGAAGUACAAACUAGAAUGACACAUGCUGAGUCCUCAGAGUGUCUCCAAAGGUGGCAUUGUAGACCCUGAUUCCACACAACCUCAGCUCAGAGCCUGGCACCUGGCGGGCAUGAGAUAAUGACUAAAAUGAAGUCCUGCCCCCAUGUUAUGGGGUCUUUUGAGCCCUCCUCUCCUCCUUCCCCCCUUUUUUUGUCUUGUUUCACACAGACCUCCUGUUUCAGAACCAAAUUGCAGCUAAAGGUCCUCCACAGCCAACAUGGCCCAGAGGGAGCUCCUCUCUGCUACGGGUCCCCAGGCUAUGCUGACUUCAAGGCGUAGGGUACGUGGACAAAGGAAGUUCCAGAAUAGCAGGGGCCUCUCUGCCAUCCAUUAUCCAGGGCAAGGGCCCAGAUGCCUCCUGCUCUCCCCCAUAGCUGCAGACAGGACAGGGCUGGCAUCCCCCAGCCCUGUCCCUUGCUCCUGGCUGCUGUUCCUGAGUAAGGCUGGCCUGAGACCUGGCGCAUCCUGGAGGUCCCCAAAGGGCCCACCUAAAGCCAACUGGACAACAUCCUUGAGACAGAGCAGGCUGACAGCUUUCUAACACCUCUAGUGACAUCCAGAGGAGAGGGCCAGCCAGCAGGCUCAAUAACAUUAAGAUCACUUAACAUGGAUUUGAACCCAGAGCAAUAACCCCCUCACCUCACCUCCCAACCAGGCACACUCAAUCCUGUGACCACCUCCAUGUGCUGCUAGUAGAUCACGUCUACCAGUGAAGGGUAGAAUGGAGUUGCUGUUCCCAAGUUGGCCAGUCCAAGGUCAGUGUACUGUGCAGAACCUAGAAUGAAAAUACAUUUGGAAAAUCUGAUCUUGACCAGGUCCUCAUUGGCCUGGUCUGCAUAGCCAAAAAUUCAGACCAGAUUAGACUUUUGAAGGCAGUUCUGCAACAAAUCAUGUUCCCCUGCCUCCAGAAGCUUCCUUAGCUCCCCUGACUGGGCACAGCCUCUGGGCCCAGAACCCUCCCCACUAAAGGCUCACAGGGCAAAUAUGUUAGCAGUCCCACGGCCAAAGCAUCAGGACAGCCUCAGAAGUGACCACCACCCAUCAGGACAGACACACAGACACCAGGCACUGGACAUACACCUCCAUGGGAAGAGUAAAGCACGCAGGCUGACACACGUAAAUGCCCAGUGGCAGCCAAAGGACCUGCCUGUGCAGCAGGAACCUCUGGGCUGGAGAGAGGGCUUCUAGCCCUUCCAGGAAGUGAUGCUUUGGUCUUCUGGGAAGGUAUCGCCGUGCCCCAGGAACCCAGCGGGGCCCAGUUCCCCAGUGCAGUCGCUGGCCAUGCUCCAGGCCCACCACUGCCAAGGUCAGGCACAGAGCAGCACCCAGGAGAUGACCCUCGCCACCCUGAGUUGCUUCUUGGACCAGUGAACAGCUGGGAACAUGCUCUGGGGGCGUUUCUCCUGGCAGGAUUGCUGGUGUAUUCAAACUACCUCACCGACAGGACACUGAACUGGGAGCCUGCCACCCAUCUGGCCCCUGGGCUGGUUGUAGAAGUGGACGUUUUUCCUAAAAUGCACCCCUCCCAUUGUGCUCCAAAUGCAUGGACUUCAAAAGCCAGCACUAGGAAACCUUUCUAGAAGCUGGAAAGGAUUGUAUGCUGUUGGUGUGUAGGUCUUGCAAAAUGUAUUGGAGGGUGGUGUUCCAGAAACGUCCAGGAGCUAGAAAGCCCUGGAGUGGAGGAGGUAACAUGCCACCAGCCUCCAAGGGGCUGGCCGAGUUGAGUAUGUAGCAAGGACCAUGCAUGGCACGGUCUAACAGCGGCCAAAUGAACCCCUGACAACUCACCAUGGCACCCUCUGAAGAGAGGCCUGUGCAAAUGUAACCAUGGCAACAGCAGACGCCAGCAGCCUACUCAUCAGUACCACCCGGUGAUAGACAUUCCCUGGGCACAACCCAGGGGCCCUAAAGUAGCAAAGUAGCAAAUGUAGCAAUAAGAGGCCCAGGGCCAUAGAGGGAUAGAGUCCAGAUGACCUGGCCUCGGCCCUCCUCCCAACCCGACGAGGGUUCAGAGCCAGGGGCUGUCAGCUGUCAGCUGUCCUGGGGAGGGAGGCCCUGCUCCAUGCCCAGGGCUCCUGGUCUGUAUUCUCCGCCCACUCACCGCAUGAUCACGGACACUUCGGAAUGGCCUUCUCAUAGUGCAUGUGGUUCUCAUUAGUUUAUUUUUCUGGAAUUUGGUGAUUGGAUCCCAGAACCAAACAUGCUGGUACAGUCUAAAAAUAAAUGACUUGAACCCACUAUAAUGCAGUACCUGUGUGGCUUCUUGGUUUGGGGGUUUACCGGGCACGACUUACCUGAAAAUCUACAACCCCUACCCACUCCUCACCCUGCCCCAUUAACGCGUGCACACGCGCACACGCAGCCUGGGAGCCAGGGGAAUGGCUCCCAGGCAGGAUGCUGCACGGCUCAGGGAAGCUGGAUCUCUGGGACAAGGCACUUGUCCUGGGAGGUCAAGAGAGUUGUACCACCAGAAGGCUGAGGCCCCUGUCUCUGCCAGGGACUCCUUGGCUGAGUGGUCCCUAUGCCCCAUUGUCUGUGCGCAACCACAAAACCCAGUGGCCUGACAAACAGCAUUAGUGGCCAGGCACCACUGUUAAAUAAAGUCCCAAGGUUGAUGUCUGCUGCAUGUAGACUGUGCUCCUUCUAUGGAAUCUCAGUUUCCUGAGCAAUAGACAGUCGCAUUUCCCACUAAUGCCAAAGCAGUGGAACUUGGAGAACCUGGGAGUCAGGUUGACCAGAGGAGGAAGAGAACACGGUGAAAAGAAACUAUGAUACUGCGAUCCUAUUAACAAUGAGGCUGGCACCUGGCAGCUCGCUUCAGUGGUAGAAAUCUUGCUCCCAAAUGUAGAAAUGAUCUCAGAGGCAGGGGAAUGGGUCUUUGUCACAUUUCCAUAGAAGUGAAUAUGUCUACCAACCCCUGGGCCAACUCUUAGACUUCCUGGCCCACAAGGUCAACACCAUGGUCACACCUAUAACAGCACCUGAAAUGCCAGGUCUAUAGUAUACCCCACUGCCAUGCCCUGGCCCACCACA